AUGUCGGCCGUCACCAAGGACAUUCCUAUUCCCGAGGAUGCUAAGCGAAUCUUGUUCGUUUUGAACAAGAAGAAUCCAUCUCUUGGCCUCCCUACCAACUUCAUCGAGGAAAACAUCACUUUCGAGGGUGGUGACUACCCUGUACAGCCCGGCAAUCUGAAGAGUGGCGCAGUCCAAUCUGCUCUGCAGGCUGCCCUCGGAGGUGUGGCAAGUCAGAUUGCCCAUCUUCGUUACGGAGGACCGAUGAACAAGGUCAAGGUCAACACCGAUCAUGCCGGGUUUUACCUCGGUCACAUUCUACUCUUCUCGGCUGGUGGCAAGCAAGCUCCCGAGGCGCUCUCUCUAGCUCCUGCAUGGGAGGGAGAUGGUCUUAACACGGAAAUUUCAAAAGCGGCUACAUCCAUCUAUCCAACCAAGGACGGGCGCGACUUUUACUUGCACGGAAGUCUCGAUGCGCACCCGCUGGUGGAAGGCGUCAUUGGUCUCGAUUGGGAAGAUCCGGCUGGCAAAACUCGAGCUGGCGCACGAAAGCUCAUCGGAGAUUGGGUCGCCAAACACACGGCUCAAGAAUUGGAAGAUAUCAUGAUCUCGCACCGUCAAUGCGGCAGCAUCUGCUAUACACCUGAGGAAUGGAGCUCUUCCGAAAUGGGAAAUGCUCUCGCGCAACGACCUCUGUUCGACAUUCGCAGGCACGGAGAAGAGGUCGGUGCACCGGCCCCUGCAAAGACACCAUUCCCCUCUGUUGCCAAAAAGAGCGGACUGCGACCAUUGGAAGGUGUCAAAGUGCUCGAGAUGGCGCGCGUCAUCGCUGGACCCACGGUUGGCACAACACUUGCCCAGCUUGGCGCCACGGUUAUCAAGGUUAACCCUCCUCACCUACGAGACGUGAGCCUUUUCCAAUUUACGUUGACGACAGGAGUUCGAACCAUCCUCAGCGACGUCCGCAAACCCGAAGACCGAGCCCAAUUGGAGAAACUGAUCGGCGAAGCCGAUGUCUUUAUUGACGGAUAUCGACCCGGUUCGCUCUUCAACAAAGGUUACGGAGAGAGGGAAGUACUUCGACUUGUAAAGAAGCACCGCGGCGAGGAUGCCUCGGUGGUCUAUCUGCAUGAGUGCUGCUACGGUGUCGAGGGACCGUAUGCUAACAGGCCCGGAUGGCAACAGAUUGCAGACGCCGCGUCCGGUUGCUGUGUGGUGCAAGGGCACAGCCUGGGAUCAGACCGUGCGAUCCUGCCGCCUCUGCCCAUCUCGGACGUAUCUACCGGAGUUAUCGGAGCCCUCGAGGUGCUCAUCGCUCUUCGAGAGCGUGCUACCAAGGGCGGUUCGUACACUUGCGUAUCAUCCCUCACUCGACUCAACAUGUUCCAAUUGGAGCCCGAGGUGGGACUGUACUCGCAAGAGGUGGUGAAAAAGGUUCAAGACGAAUUUGGAUGGGGUCCCAUGUCUGGGGAGCACAGUGUGCUGGAGUUGCUCGCUAUGAUUUCUGCCCGCUGGAAGAAAGCUCGUCCCGAACAAUUUGACAUGGAAACUUCGCCCAUGUUUGUCAAAUUCGAGGGCAGUAGCACUCCGUACGGGACGGCGACAGUUGUGGCACCGGUCGCUCAGCUUGACAGGAAUCCAUCCCACUGGGACUUUGGCCCUCGUCCUUACGGCCACGACCAACCGAGCUUCGAUUAG